AUGCUUAAUUGGUAUCGCAAUUUUAGAGACCUUUAUAAUACUAAUAACUGUUUUCUCGUAUCUUGAUUUGACUUAGCGAUUUCUCGCCUCUCUUUGUUUCUUUGCACAUAUUUUAGAAUCUUUAAGUUCAUCCUUGAAAAUUUUGUCUCUUUGUGUCAUUUAUGACGCUUGGUUUGUUUUGGUCAUCAUAAUUUACUGUGGUUCCUUUAUUAAGCUGAAUGCUCCUCGUGGAUUUAUAAAUUAUUUUGUUUCAAAACUUUGAAUAGAGCAAAACACAUAUAUUUAGAGUUUGAUCAAAUGUAAUGACUUGUUUUUCAUUCAAAGUGGUAGGAUACUCUUCAAGCUUACUCUAAUGCUAAGGUUCAUAUAUUAAGUUUCUGAAUCUACUUCUAUCAUAUAACUAUUAAAACUUUCUCUUUUCUGGCAACUUAUAAAUAAGGGACAGUGUUCGUGAACGAAUGAUGCAUAAAUAUACCAAUAUUUGGUUAAUUUCAGAACAAAAGACCCUUGUAUUUUUCUUCAGCUUCUAUGACUUAAGAACUUCUUUCUAAUCUGGUUCCUUAUCUUGCUCAGAUACAGCCACGUCUCCAGGGUCCUUGAGGGCCUGGAUCUUUUCACUGUAAGGACCAUAUUUUGUGCUUGGGUGAA